AACCACCGCAUUCCUUUUGAGAAAGUGAAUACAAUUCGCAUGGUUGGAGAUGUUUCCACCAACAUCAUUGGUUUUAUUGAAAAUUGGAAAAUAUAUAAAUUUGUCAAAGAGGAAAAGGUACCUGUCACACUAGAGGGCCCUGACAAGAUACCCAUCAAGUUUGAGGUUUUAUAUCCUGUCAGCAAACCUGCUCUCCCCUAUAUGGGUAAAAUUCCUCUUGAGAUAAAACACAACAUGGCACUGUUUAUGCACGGGACAGUUCGUACAGAUGCAAAAAGUUUUGACAUCAAUUUUUAUACGGGUUCGUUGGAUGGUGACGACAUUGCUUUUCACUUUAAGCCCCGUAUUGGUCAGUAUACUGCACUGAACAGCUUUAGAAGUGGUCAAUGGGAAACUGAGGAAUCUGCCCCUAUCAAACCCUUCACUGCUGGAGCACCAUUUUUUAUGUUUGUUGUCAUCACACCAAAUGGCUAUGAGGUCUAUGUGAAUGGAGAGAAACACUGCACAUUUAACCACCGCAUUUCUUUUGAAAAAUGGUCUAGGAUUCAAUUGUGUGGAGAUGUUUCUAUCAACAUCUUUGGCUUUAUUCAAAACUUCAAAUUAUUAGCAUUUUUCAAAGAGUCCAAGACAACUCUUACAAUAAUGAGCACUGACAAGACAUCCAUCCAGUUUGAAGUUUCAUAUCCAGUCAGCAAACCUGCUCUCCCUUAUGUGGGCAAAAUCCCUGUGGGGAUAAAACCCCACAUGGCACUGUUCUUCCAAGGGACUCUUCAAACAGAUGCCAAAAGUUUUGACAUAAACUUGUAUACGGGUCCGGCGGAUGGUGAUGACAUUGCGUUUCACUUUAACCCCCGUAUUGGUCAGUAUACGACCUUGAACAGCUUUAGAAAUGGUCAGUGGGAGACUGAGGAAUCUGCCCCUAUCAAACCCUUCACUGCUGGAGCACAAUUUUUUAUGUUUUUUGUCAUCACACCAAAUGGCUAUGAGGUCUAUGUGAAUAGCCAAAAACACUGCACGUUUAACCAUCGCAUUCCUUUUGAAAAACUUUCUACAAUUCGCAUAUGUGGAAACAUUUCCAUCAGCAUUAUUGGUUUUAUUGAAAACUGGAAGACUUCUCCACUCUUCAAGUAAGAAAAGACAACAGUCACAAUUACAGAGAAAGUCAUCUCGAGCUCAGCAAAAAUUACAUGACUUGUUACCAAAAACUUUUUUGAUUAAUCUACUAAUACAUUUAAAUGAAGUCUUAAUUUAGUACUAUAAAUGAAAUGUUUAUGACUCUACUUUGUCUGCUACUUAAACAGGAAAUCUGUUUGUUACACUGAUGUACUGCUGAGGGUAAUUCUCUGUGAGCACUCAAUAAAGAAU